AUGGCCAUCACCCCCGCGGAACAUCCUCCUGAUCCAGAAAGAGAAGUCGCCCAAAGCUACAGACGCCCUGAUACAAUUCGCGAAUCCCUGCUGACGUCUGCUUCACUCAACAGGCACAUAGACUCCUCCUUCGCCAACAUACGCAUAUUGCUCGAGCCUGAGUCAGCCCGUCGCCUCGAGUCGCUCCUUCCCUUCCCAGUCUACAGCACCCCCAGAGCCCCUCCCAUCUAUGCCGCCAACUUCAAACAAGCCGUUUCCUUGCAGGAAAAGACAGACCUUAUAGCCACCUUCGGCGGUGAUGGCACAAUCCUCCAUGCCAGCUCUCUCUUCUCCAGCGUCCCCUCCGUCCCUCCAAUCCUCUCCUUCAGUCUGGGCACCCUAGGCUUCCUUUCGGAAUGGCAAUUCCUUGACUACAAACGUGCGUUCCGCGAAGUCUACAUGUCCGGCUCCUCGACCUCGCGCUCUUCCCUCCUCUCCACCACCAAAGACAACAGCCAUACAAACUCAGCCUGGGAUCCAGCCUUAGGCGCCUCUCAAAAUCCCUCUCGCAGCUCCAGAAUCCUCCUCCGCGACCGCAUCCGCGUCUCGCUCUCCCCUUCCAUCCCCUCCGCUCCCUCCGCAAUAACCAAAGGGCGCGAAAACGAUACCAGCGAAAGGGCAAGCAAAUACGCCCUUAACGAGCUCCUUCUGCACCGCGGACCCUCCCCUCACCUUGUCCACCUCACUAUAUCUCUGAACAACCGACCCCUCACAACCGGCAUUGCCGACGGGCUGAUCAUCAGUACCCCUACGGGCUCCACCGCAUAUUCGCUCAGCGCGGGGGGAGUAUUUUUCAGGGCGCUGGUUCUACCGGAGGGGGCGGAUAUCAGAGUGAGGGUGGAGGAGGGAACGAGAGUCGUUGGUGGAACGGCAGAGGGAGGAGAAUGGCGAGAACAGGCAGUGGACGUCAGUAUUGAUGGAGUCAAGGUACCGGGUGGACUGGGCGUUGGCGGGGAGGUCUUUGUGUGGGGGGAGGGCGUUGGGAGGAGGAGGGAGGUGAAGAGCUUACAUCAGGGAGAAGGAGAUGGGCAGGAAGGAGAGAAUGGAAAGGGAGGGGAGAGAGACUGGGUUGGGGGUGUUCCGUGCGUGAUGCCGUGGACGCAGGGUGGAGAUGAGGGAUGGGUUGGGGGAUUGAAUGGGCUGUUGAAGUUCAACUACCCGUUUGGGGAGGAGAGCUAG